AUGGAUCCGUCUCCUCUGCGGCGUUUUGUUGUGGCAAAGCGUUCGAUCACCUCCAUCUUUGAUCAGCUGCUGGACUUUGUCAAGGAUGGCUCUGCCUUCGUGGACGAAGGACAUCAGUCCACUGUCAUUUCACAUAGCUGUUGCCGUGGUUACAGGGACAGGCCGUGUUUUAAAGUGUUGGUGAAUACCUGCAGCUCUGAUUGCAAGCUAACAAACUGUAUUUGUUUGUUUGCUUGCUGUGUGACGUCAGAGGCGUGGCGCGGCGACGACCUGGCUCAGGUGGCUGUGGAGGAGCACAGUCUGGAGAUGCAGAGCUGUGCCACCAAACUGUCUGCUAUCAGGGAGGUGGUGCUCCGGAGACACAUGAAGGUGGCCUUCUUUGGCAGGACCAGUAACGGGAAGAGUACGGUGAUCAACGCCAUGCUCAGAGACCGGGUGUUACCCAGUGGCAUCGGUCACACCACCAACUGCUUCCUGAGAGUUGAAGGGACCGACGGAGACGAGGCUUACCUCACCACCGAGGCGUCCAGCGAGAGGAGGAGCAUCUCCGUAAGGCGCUGAGGCUUUAAGGAACAGUCUGACAUCAUACAUCAGGUAGUUUCUGUCACUGUGGCUAUGACUGUGCUGACUCAGCAAAAAACUCCUCCUCCUCCUCCUCCUCCUCCUCCUCAGACCGUGAACCAGUUGGCUCAUGCUCUCCACAUGGACCCAACUCUGGACUCUGGCAGUCUGGUUAAGGUCUUCUGGCCUAAAAGUCGUUGCGUUCUGCUGAGGGACGACCUGGUGCUCAUGGACAGCCCUGGCACUGAUGUCACUCAGGAGUUGGACAGCUGGAUCGAUAAGUUCUGUCUGGACGCUGACGUCUUCGUUCUGGUGGGAAACGCUGAGUCAACGCUCAUGAACACGGAGAAACUCUUCUUCCACAAGGUCAGCGAGAGAAUUUCUAAACCAAACAUCUUCAUCCUCCACAACAGAUGGGACGCCUCAGUGAGCGAACCCGAGUACAUCGAAGAGGUGAGGAAGCAGCACCUGGACCGCUGUGUGAGUUUCCUGGCCGAGGAGCUGAAGGUGGUCGGACUGGACGAGGCGCCGGGGAGGAUCUUUUUCGUCUCGGCCAAAGAGGUCCUGAACUCCAGGAUGCAGCAAGCGCAGGGCAUGCCUGAGACAGGUGAGCCAGGGGGCGCUCUGGCUGAAGGUUUCCAUGAGAGACUCAGAGAGUUCCAGAUGUUUGAGAGGACAUUUGAGGAGUUCAUCUCUCACUCUGCAGUGAAGACUAAGUUUGAGCAGCACACAGUGAGAGCGUGGCAGAUCACUGAGGCCAUCAAAGCUGUGAUGGACGCCAUCAACAUCGCCUCCGCAGACAGGAAAAUCUUCUGCCUGGAAGAGCGGGAGGAUCAGAGGGACCGGCUGGACUUCGUUCGUGGACAGAUUAACCGUCUGACCGAUAGCGUCAAAGAGAGAAUCAGGACUCUGACUGAGGAUGUCACUGCCAAGGUCGCGGCCGCUCUGUCCGAUCAGAUCCGCUCUCUUCCUGUCCUGGUCGAUGAAUUCAGAGCUGAUUUCAACCCAACACAAGAAACUCUGGAACUCUACAAAACUAAGCUGCUGCAGCACGUGGAGGAGAGGAUUGUGGGAUGUUUGGCUCAUCGCUGCUCCAUCAGCGUCCUCAGGGACAUCAGAGACGCACAGACACACAUGAUUGAUAGCGUCCGUCCUCUGCUGUCCCUGUCUGUCCAGGACCAGCUCUCUGCUCCCUCCACGUCCUUUGAGCUGACCUACGACCUCGGCCUUGCCGCCCUCUGUGCAGAUUUCCAUGAAAACAUCGAGUUCCAGUUCUCUCUGGGCUGGACCGCCCUCGUCACCCGCUUCAUUGGAGCUGCCAACGCCAAGCGAGCGCUGAGCAGCGCCGACCCUCGACUGCAGGAGAGCUGCACCUUUAAGGAUGAGAUGGUGGUUUCCAUAGCAACCGGUCUGGUUUCCAUCACCUCCAGGGCAUCUAUGACAGUGUUGGUGAUCGGAGGAGUGGUGUGGCGUUCAGUGGGCUGGCGUGUCAUCGCUCUGUCUCUUUCUCUGUAUGGUCUCGUCUACCUGUAUGAGAAACUCACCUGGACUGACGCCAGCCGAGAGCGCGCUCUGAAACAGCAGUUUGUGGGGCACGCAGCUCAGCGCCUGAGAGCCGUCAUCCCCGUCAGCAGCUCUGCCUGCGGCCAGCAGGUGUACAAGGAGCUGUCGUCCACGUUCAACCGCCUGACUCAGAGGGUCGACCUGAGCAAAGCCGAGCUGGAGGGGAACAUCCGACAGCUGAGCUUCAGGAUUCAGAGACUGGAGAACAUCCAGAGGAGGUCCAAGGCCUUCAGGAACAGAGCCACAGAGCUGGAGACUCAGCUGGAGGCCUUUUCACUCCAGUACCUGCAGGGAAACUGAACUGUCUGUUUGUUGGUGAGCAGCGCCCUCUGCAGGUCAAACGGUGGAACUGUUUCUUCUCAGUGAAUAAACCCAAGAAACUUUCCUAACACUCUGCACUUUUAGCAGCAUGUAUGUGAUAAAAGUAAUUCAUAUUCAUAUUUACUGUCAGUUAUUCCUGCUGCUGGCCAUCAGUCAGUGAUCAAUGAGUUUGAAUGAUGAGCAGCAGGAUAUUUUCUUUAUUUAUCAUUAAAACACGGUUUAAGUGAAC